GUUUUGUCUAUUCUGCCAGAAAUAUAGACGGCGAAGAAGAAGCGCAUGGAGACUUUCUGGCUAUGGAAAUGGCGCUUUACUCUGUGGAAGACUGAAGUCAGAGGAAGUAUUUGGUGUUUGUCAGUCAUUUAACUGGCCCUGGAGGGCUGAACGCAUGGGUUGCGCCUUGAAAAAGAGCGGAUUAUCACAGAUGAAAGAAGGAAUCGGAGGAUUAGUGAAGGAACACAAAACAUUCGUGGUGCCGAUAAAGCAGUCAACAUCCUCGGACAGUGAACAAUGCAUGACCUCACUGCCCAAGUCACCAGCAGCCUGCUGCCUUUCCCAGGAGUGACUAUAGAUGCUCUUGGGGAAGAUGAAAUCACUCUAGACUCUGUUCUUCAUGGGAAGUUCACUGUUGGUCGUAGUGGCCUGGCUUGGCUUGCCUGCGGGCCCCAUCUGGAGGUUGUCCAUGCAGUGACAGGAGAACGGCUUUCUGCGUACUGCUUCAGUGGUGGAGGGGAGAACCCACCUACUGUCCUUGCUGCCAGGGAUUUCAGCUGGCUCAAACGGUCAGGAUUGCUGAUUGGCUUGGAGGAAACAGAGGGCAGCAUUCUGUGUCUUUAUGACUUGGGACUGUCAAGGGUGGUCAAAGCUGUAGUCAUACCAGGCAGAGUUACAGCCAUUGAGCCGUUAGUUAGUUAUGGCGGUGCAAGCACUUCAACACAGCCCCUCCACCAGAGUCUGCGAUGGUUCUUUGGCAUUGCUGCCGUAGUAACUGACCUUGGUCACGUUCUGCUUGUCGAUCUCUGCCUCGAUGACCUGUCCUGCAGCCAAAGUGAAGUGGAGGCUUCAGACCUGCAGGUAGUGACCAAAUCUCCUGCAGAAAUCCCCAGGCUUAGAGAAGCCAGCACCAGACAGGGCAGACAUCUUUGUCUCCAGCUGAAUGGGGCCAGUGGUGUUGGAGUCACAGCUCUACAGUACAUCUCCAGGACCAACCAGCUGGCAGUGGGAUUUUCUGAUGGUCACUUACAGCUGUGGAACAUGAAGGCUCUAAAGAAGGAAUACCACUCCCAGUUAGAGGGUGGCGGGGUGCCUGUGUAUGCCUUCACCUUCCAGGAGCCAGAGAAUGACCCCAGGAACUGCUGCUACCUCUGGGCUGUCCAGUCUUCUCAGGACCUUGAGGGAGAUACAGUCAGCCUCCACCUGCUGCAGCUGGCCUUCAGUGAAAGGAAGUGUCUGUCUUCUGGGAAGAUCCUCUAUGAGGGUCUGGAGUAUUGUGAGGAGCGUUACAGUCAGGAGUUGGGUGGCACAGCUUUUCCUCUCAGGGCCCAGACCACCAACACCCGCCUGCUGAGCUGCCAAACCAUUGAGAAGUUCAGACCCCAUCCUGACAGGGAUGACAGCAUGAAUGAAGCUGCAUCUCCGGACACCAGUGUGUCUGUUUUCACCUGGCAAGUCAAGGCCUAUGGUCAGGGAACCCCAUCUACCUACAUUGGAGUUUUUGACAUCAACCGUUGGUACCAUGCACAAAUGCCAGACUCUUUAAGAAUGGGGGAAUCGCUGGCAAACUGUCCCUACUUGGCAGUCUGGUCUCUGGAUCCAGUGGUGCAGAUGGUGUCUCCACAUAUCAUGCUGGAUGUGGUGGUACAUGAGCGCAGCCUGAGCAGGGGCCUGCCCUUCACCUGCCCCCCACCAGAACAGUACUUUAACCCCACAACAUACAACUUUGAUGCUACCUGCUUGCUCAACUCUGGAGUUGUGCACUUAACCUGCUCUGGGUAUCAGAAAGAGACCCUGAGCUUUUUAAAGAAGGCGGCUCCUUGCUCCAGUGAUGUCAUCUCCACUAGCUACUCUCGCUGCCUCAUGUCUGGCCUACUCUCAUCUCGCCUGGCUGAUACCCAGGCCUCCAGCCUCUCUCAGGAGGAGCAGCUGGAUGCCAUCUUGUCCACAGCAGUGGAGACCAGCUCCUUGGGACUGAUCACUGGCUGUAUCAAGCAGUGGACUGCAGAAGAACAACCAGGCUCUGCUCUGAACCUCCGCUACAUCCUGGAUUGGGCCUGGAACAAAGUAGUCCAGACCAAGGAGGAACUGGAUGGCAUCUGUGCACCGCUCUUUGACAGCUCAUCCAACUUCACAGACCCUCAGACCUCGCAGCUGCUGCAGCACAGCCAGAGGCUGCUCAGUAACCUCAGUACCAUCUUCCAGUGUCUGUUCAGUGAAGCUCAGGAGCUCACACAGAAAGGCCUGGUGGGUCUGAUGAACAAGAACAUGGUCUCCAGUCUGAUUUCUAAAUACGCACAGGUGGUCCUCUGGUUCUGUCGCACCGGCUUACUGCCUGAGAGCUCAGAUGAUGACGCUCUCCAGAUCUCCAGGCCUUUCUACACCCACUCGGUCAUUAGCAACUAUUAUACUAUACGCAGAGAGGAGCUCAGCAGGCUGGCCAAGGGCAAGUGGUGUGCAGACUGUCUGAUGAUUGACGGUUUGGUUGGCCAGUGUGGAGAAUGCUUGACCAACCUGUGGAAAAGGGAUGAUGGUGGGACAGGCCAGUACCCACCACCUACACUGCAUGCCUUGCUUGACAUUUAUCUGCUGGACAACAUUGAUGAAGCUGCCAAACAUGCAAUUGUAAUUUACCUGUUGCUGGAUGUCAUAUACUCAUUUUCCAACAAGGAGGGAGCAUCAGUGGAGUCUUUCCCCACAGCUUUUGCUAUCCCUGUCGGACUAGUCAAACUAGUCCAAGGUCUCUGGCUGCUGGACCAUCAUGACCACCAGAGUUCAUUUGAGCUGCUCUUGCAUCCAGCUGCCUCACACUGUCAGUUUGAGUGGCAGCAUGAGCGUGUCCUGCAAGCACUCAUGUGCCAGGGCCAGCACUCAGUGGCACUACGGUAUUUCCAUGUUAUGAAGCCCCCGAUUUCCUCCACCUCCCAGGCCAAACUCUGCAUGUCUGUACUGCUGCACAACAGGUGUCUCAUAGAAGCGUGGUCCUUACUUCGGCAGCACUCUAAUCACCUCAGCAUGGGCGAGCUGCUGGGCUUCCUGUACGAGAGCUGCCAGGAGCUGGGCCUUAUCACGGAGCUGCUCAAACUGCCCCUUGGCCUAUAUGAACAGGAAUGUUUGGAGAAAUUUCUCCAGGGUACAGGUGGUCUCCAGAACAGAGAACUGUUGAUGGUUCAUUACCUGCAGCAGGCCAACUAUAUACCUGCCCUGCAGCUCAACCACAGCCUCAAAAUGAACCUGGUGAACGAGCGGGACCCAAAGCUUAAAGAGCGAUCCAACACCAGGAACUCGAUAUUGGAUCAGUACGGGAAAGUUUUGCCUAAAGUCCAGAGAAAAAUGGCAAUAGAGAGAGCCAAGCCCUACCAGCACCCCACCACCAUCCACAGAGAAGUUUCUCGGCCACAGCCACUGUCAACUAUCACCAAGCGCUCCACGAGUGAGAGGGUGAUGUCCAGGGCUGGAUUUAUCAACAAUGUCCUGACCAAGAUUGGGGAGGUGUGGUUAGGGAAAGCAGCUACACAACAGUCCUCCCCAGCCAGGAGUCCCAAAACAACAGAUAUUCAGAGCCCCACCCCCGGUCCCUCCUCGUUGGCCCUUCCUGAUCCUUUCCUGGGAACUCCUAUCACCAUGACAUCCAAACGAAAGUCAAGGCUGAUGGACUUAGUGGUUCACCCCUUGUGUCAGAGUCCUCGGCCUCUCCUCAGCCCCCGCCGCCCUCCCAGCUCGUGGGUUUCUCCAAAGGCCAUCAGCAAGGCCCCAGAACUCAGUCUGCUGCAAACACCACAAGUUGUCAAGCGAGCUCGAGCCUUGGCUACUUCUGGCCCUGUGUUCUCAGGGUUCACGCCACAGUCCAUUCUGCGCAGCAGCCUGAGGCCCACACCUGUCGCCACCCCUUCUGUUUCUCCAGGGCGCUCCAUCACCCCGCCGCUCCGCAGCAAAGAGAGCCGCAUCACCUUCACCAAAGAGACAGAAUCUCCUGAAUCAGACAAGGGCAUCCAAUGGACCAACGGAGUGGCAGCAGACAGUGAGAUUAGCUUGCUGACCAGAGGCUCCACUCUCUUUAAGUCAACACGUAAGACCUGGUCCUCACAGCCCACCGAGGAAGAAGAGGAAGGAGAGCAACCUCGUGUAAAGUUCUUGCCUCCAGAAGGGGGUAUUCUCCCCCCAGAGCUGAGAUGCUCUGAGAGUGAGUCAUCCUCCAUCCAUGAAGUCGCUACAGAAACCAGGCUGUCAGAUGCAACAGUAGCACAUCUUAAUCUGAGCUUUGACACCAGUCAGACACCUGUUCGGUCAGCAGACGUCACCCUAGAGUACUAUGAUGCACUGCUGUCAGUAGACCAGGAAGGAGAGGAGGGGCACACAGCUAGAGAGAAAGAUGAGGAAGAGGUACCACUGAACAUCAAAGGCCUAAAUGAAAAGGAAGAACCAAAGGAAGAGCCCUCACCAGCCACUGAGCAGACCCCUGUUCUGACAUCAGAGCAUAGAGAGAAGGACGUAGAGGUGAAGGAAGAUGAAACAUUUGAAGACGUGGUGGAGAUUGGUGUUCAAAAGGAGGCUAACAAAGAGGAUGAACAGGAUUUUGAGUCAAGUAGCAAACAAGAAGAUGUCACAGCUUUCAGCCAAGAAGGGAGAAUUGGUAACAGUCCAGUUUGUAACCAGGUGACUGAGAGCAUGAACUCUGGUACUGAGGUUGAAUCUCACGAUCAACUUAUAAAAGCCAACAAAGAGGACAACCAAUCGAAGGCCACUAAAUCCACAGACUUCACUGAGCAUCUGAAACCAUCUGGAGCCAGUGAACCCAAGAAUGAACCAGAAGAUGACUUGGAACAAUCAACGGCAGAUCUGACAGAGUUUGUGCAGCAACAUCUGUUUGGCGCUGAUCUGUCUCCUGCACUCUCCCGCUCAGGAAUCCACAAUGCAUCAGGGACUCAGAUAUCAUUCACCAGUGAGUUACCAGGUCAAGGUGAAGAGGAGCAGGCAGCUGCUGAGGCUCCCCCCAUGUUCACCAGCCAAACAUGUGCCACCUCAGUGACUUCCUCAGAAUCAACCAGCACAGACACCACCUCUGUUGUGAGCGUAAAUGAUAGUGAAGACCUUUCUAGCCCUAUGUCUGAGGAUGAAGGGGAAGAAGAAGAUGAGGAGUCAUCGUCAUCGUCGUCGUCAUCAGAUCAAGCUGAGGAAGCAGCAGAAGAAGAGGAGGAGGACUCUGGUAGUGAGGUGGAGAUCAUUGAGGAGGUCCAGGGUAAUGGGAAGCUGCCACCCCUCCAACCCAGUUCAGUCUUUGAACAAGGACACACACACUUCCUGCCAAGUAUGUCAGAGCAAGAGGCGGCUGUGUUUUCUCUGAUCCAACCUGAUGCAGAGAUGAAGAUCGUAGAUGAUGUCAUGGAGGGUGAGGUGGUGAUGGUGAGACUUGGCGCAGAUGAAGGAGGGAUGAUUGCGGAUGAGAAUAAUAAGCAAGGAUCUUCAUACAUGGAGCUGAAACCCUCUACCACUCUCCUGGUUCCCAUGGAGCUGGUGGGGGGACAACAGGGCCUGGUUGAUGGAGCCCAGCUGGGUCUUCCUGAGCUUCAUCCACCUGUUGUGCCAACUGACCCAGGAACUGAAACUCACAGCAGCUUCUCUCUGAUGCUGGAUAUGGAGGAUGGUGGGGAUAAAGAGGGACACUCUCUCCCUAUAGAGAAUGCUCUGCAGUCCUCCUUUCUUUCUGUCCAGUCUCCAGUAGAGGUGGCCAGUGCUGAACUUGUGGGCAACCCUGAGGUUAUUCUUUUGGGUACAGUUGAUCAGAAUCUUGCACAUUUCGGAGAAGCCUCACACGAGGACCAGAGGAACAAGAUGGAGAACAUGGCUGGUAUUGAAGUGGACGGACUGACAGAAUCAGAGCCUGUAAAACAUCAAACUGACCUACAAACUGAAAACACUGGGGCAAACCAGGAGAUAGAAGAUGUAGAGUUAAUCAUGUUCCCUGCAGCUCCUGAGCUUGCAGCUCCUGAGCCUGCAGCUCCUGACCAAAGUCCUGUGGGAGAACUCCAAGCAGAUGUGGAUUACAAAGACUCUGUGGCAAAAAAGGAUGCUGCCGAAGAGGAGACAGGGGAGGUAGAGGUCAAACUAGCAUCUGCUAGGGACCAGAAUGGGCCUGUUAUAGAUACAGAGAUUGCCCUGAGUGCAGAGACUGCUGUGGGCAUGCAGCAGGAAGAUGACAGAGCCUUAGAGAGAGAAGAAGAUAACACAGAAGAAAUUGCAAAAGAGAAUGAAAUGAAAAGGGUAACUAGGGCAAGGCUGAGAAAAGAUAAAAAUGAUGUCAACACAUACAGCCAGCCAGAGGAACAGUGUGUUUCAGAGACCCAGACUUCUCAGAGGCAGAAGGCUCCUUCCACCCCAAACCGGAGGCCCACGAGGGGGAGGAGGACUGUUACUUUUGUCUCUCCUGUCCUGGAAGAAGCACAGGAGUCAGAGGAGGAAAGGAGAGUAGAGGACAUGGAGAUGAGCACUCUGGUCCCUGCCUCACCUAGUCGUACACUUAGAAGAACUAGACAGGUGGAAGAAACCAAAGUCCAAGCCAGCACACCUCGAAGAAGUACUCGCAAAGCACAGCCAGGGUCUCCGAAAGAUGAGCGUGAAGAGGGAGUGGCCACAGGUGCAUCCUCCUCCAAGGCCUCUUCUCCAGCCAGGCGACGGGUUUCCCAGAGGGCCACUUCAACAAGGCCACGCCAGAGGAGUCAAAGUGGCAGUGACGAGGUGUCUACAGCCACAGAGGCUAAGAAGGAGGAGGACCACGUGGACAAGGUCACUGAUACAAAAUCGGUUCGACAGACAAGCUCUAAAUGCAGCACCACUCAGGGAAACCCUCCAAGGAGGUCCACCCGAAGGAUACUGAAUAACACUAAGGUGGAAUCAGCACCACUGGGGCUUUUAAAUAAGGAGAAAGAAGAGGAAGAAACCUCUUCUCCUCCUGUCAAUUACAGCUCCGGGAAGGCGAAGUCAGAAGCAUCAGAGAUACAGCCAGCCCAGCUGGACGGGGUGGAGAACACAAAACGGCACCUUCAUAGCCCUGGCAGGAUGACGCGGCAGUCCAACCACAUGGUUUACCCACAGGUGGAACUGGUUCCCGUGUCACUCCCUCAGAGCGCACGGAAGACGAGAGGAAAGAUGGUUACUGAAAAUGUAAAAGACAGUGAGCCUGAGCUUAACAGCAACGCUAGUCACACCGACUCCCGUCGACCGACUAGGAGCAAACUCUGGGACCACCCAGAGGAAGAGCUUCCCCUUCUGGACUCUCCGUUGGAGGUGGAUUCUGAAACCCCCGUUGCAGACGCCCUCAUCAAGAGACUCAAGGAUGAGGAAGAGAAGCAGGAAGGGGGUGUAGUUGUGUCAAAGAUGGUGAGAACCAGCAGAAGGAAUGUGAAGCCACCAGCAGAGCAGGCGCUCCCACUGCCGCCUGCAGAUGACAGCCAGGAUGAAAUUCCUUCUGAAGAUCACAUGAAGAAAGUAGCAGGUGUUUCUAAAACAAGAAAAGCAGGCAAACGAACAGCCAAAUCCAAAGGCUUUUUGGAGCCACCUCCCGUUACACAAGUGGACCUGAUUUCACCUCUGCCCAGCCCAGUUGAUCCGCUCCCACGAGCGCAGAAGGUGAUUAGGGGGGAGGUCCCGACCUCGAGCAUGAACCUUCGACGCAAACGCAUCAUGGACACUGUUUUCACAAAACCUGUCACUCGGAGAAAGAAACUGUGA